AUGGCGGACCUUCCGGCCGCGAGAGUGGGUGCCGUCAAACCGUUUUCGAUUAGCGGUGUAGACUUUGCGGGACCGUUCUCGAUAGUUCCUCGUCGAGCUCGGGGAGUCUCCUCCUUCAAGGCUUAUGUGUGCCUGUUCGUUUGCUUCGCGGUCAAGGCAAUCCAUUUAGAAGUCGCUCUUUCGUUGUCCACAGACUCCUUUCUCGCUGCGCUACGACGCUUCGUGGCCCGUCGCGGACGCUGCUCGCUCUUGCACAGUGAUUGCGGCACUAAUUUUGUGAGAGCAUCGCGAGAGCUUGAAAGGCACCUGUGCCACGCAGCGGAGCGAGAAGAGAUCAAGUGGUCCUUCAAUCCUCCCUCCGCGCCUCAUUUCGGGGGCCUCUGGAAUUCAGGAGUCAAGUCCGUCAAGACCCACCUUCGACGCGUAGUGGGAGAUAAAACCCUGUCGCUGGAAGAGUUCACUACGGUACUCGCGCAAAUCGAGUCUUGA